AUGGAGAGUCAUCCAAAACAAGAAUAUUGGAGCAUUUGUGAUAGUUUUGUUACCUGUCUUCAGUACGCACAUCGUGCGCCCGUAGACUCAUCUUCUGAGGAUGAAAAUGAUGGCAGUCAUGACCUCGACCUCGGCGCUUUCGAACUUGUCGACUCGGGCAUGACUGCCGAGACACUGCUCUCAACUGAAGAACCAGUCAUCUUCCACCAAGAUCUUCCUGUACAUUCUGUGCAUCACGAUACUGUGCAGACAGAGGCAGCUCUAGCAAACCUCAUGUCAGCUCCAUCCAGUAUGCUUACGGGAGCAAUACCUCCAACGAUGGUGGAGGACAAUUACUGCUUCGUUGUUGACGGCGAACGAGUGCGUAUGGGGGACAUACUUGGUGAUGACCAAUGGUGGCGACAUACGUCACGACCAACAAAGUACUUUUACUCAGAGGAUUUGAGGCAGUUUCACCGCGUGAACUGCAUCGCAGUGAAAGGAAAGGUUAUCACAGCCAAGUUAGUAACUGGAGCAGUGCAGGUACAAGCAGCGGCUUCGGCAGCGGCUGCCUCCUCUGCUUCCACUCCUCGAUCGUCAGUGAGCGGAGCAUCAGCCCGAUCGCACAAUCGCGACAAUAAGGUGCCUCUGAGCCACGUCUACAAGGUGAUCCGCUUCUACUCCUUCUGGAAGACGUGCACAUCGUUCCAUCGCAUCGUCACGAUGAUUGACCGA